AGCUCUCCGAACCCUCGCAUCCCCAUCCUACGCCCGACACACGCUACCUCCCACUCCAAUUGCAUACCCACUCUCACAAUGGGUAUCACCGAUCUCCUCACCGACAUCUGGGAUACCUUCUCCCACCCCUCACCCGAUGCCGAGGCUCCUCCCAAGCCCGCCUCCGGCUCCGAUGAGGAAUCGGGCGACGAGGCUAAUGUGAAUAAGGCGGAUGCGAAGAACAGUGGGGAUGGUGAGCAGGGGCAUGAGCCGAGCAAUGAGGAGGAGGAAGAGGAAGAGGAGACGGUUGAUCCGAAGGAUACUCUGGAGGAUGAGUGCAAAGAGUCCAAACAGUGUGCUCCAAUGAAGCACCACUACGACGAGUGCGUUGAGCGGGUAACGGGUCAAAUCGAGAACGACGGCAAAGCGAGUGAAGACUGUGUGGAAGAAUUCUUCCACCUAGCCCACUGUGCAACCCAAUGUGCCGCGCCAAAGCUCUUCGCGCAACUCAAGUAAAGCGCUCACCGAGUCGAACUGGUGAUCCGUCUGCAUUUAACGUCGAAGAAGAUGGGGUGGAGGUGGAUCUGGUACACUUAUGCCCGAUGGUUGGAUCGAUAACGACGCGGACAGGCAAAUCCCGGAUGCAAUCAAGGCGAAUUGUAAAUACCGAGAUCAUGUUUAGAAUAUCACUGUACUAUUCCCUCA